UUGGUUGUCUUUCCUGUCCCGUAUUGUCAGUCAGGCACCCUGAGUUUAUCGUAAAGCGCUGGAGCGAUAGAUGUUCAUUACACUUUGGGACUGUUUUAAUCGAUGGCGACGGCGGUGGCGUCUUUCAGCAAAGGCACGCCUCGGGAUAAUUUGUUGAGGAACACGGUGGGUCCAGAAAGAAUUGAUUGUCUGUCUGAACACUCCUGUAUUGACUAUCCCACAAGUCGGCCUUUUCUUAACUCUGAUUUGCGUAUAGAACCAGGCAGACCAGUGAAUGCAUACCCUCUGGGCAGCAGAACAGCUAUUCUUACAGCAUUGAAGAACUUACAAGAGAAGAUCCACUGCUUGGAGCAAGAGCGCAUGCAGGCACAGGAAAACUUGCAGCGUCUCUCCAGAGAGACCUUGGAAUAUAAGAAAGUACAUGAUCAUGAACAAGAGCACCGUGAUGACAAAAAGUCACAGAUAGCCAAACAAAAUGCGGAACUGUCAUUGCAACUGAAAGAAGCAGAAUCACGUUGCAGUCUCCUGGAAAAGCAAUUGGAGUAUAUGAGAAAAAUGGUGCACAAUGCAGAAGCAGACCGUACUUCUUUGUUAAUGAGACAGAUGUCCCUGGAGAGAGAGAAGUCUGCAAAUCACUCAGACGUUCAGUCCAAGUUGGAGAAGUUGGACAUCCUGGAAAGAGAGUAUUGCAAACUUACAGCAACACAGAGACUUGCAGAGAGUAAAAUAAGGGAUCUAGAACAAAAGCUGUAUGAUGAAGAACACCACAGGAAAUUACUGCAAGAUAAAGCUGUCCAGUUACAGACUGGUUUAGAAGCUAAUCGGAUUUUGCUGCAGUCAAUUUCCCCUCCACCACCAAAGACCAAGAAAACCAAAAAGAAGAAAAACACAAUUCAGAAGUCCCCACAUUUAUUAAACUCGCAUACACAGCAGCAUUAUCGGUUCAGUUUGAGAGAUGUUCCGUUUGUGGCAGGAAAGUCUACCAGUGCCAGCCAUUCUGUGCGUGCCAAUGUCCAGAACGUUCUUCACUUAAUGAAGCAUCACUCACGGGUCUUGUGUAAUGAGCGGGUGUUAAGCGACAGGCCAUUAACAAGAAGGCCCACGUUUCCUUCUGGCAUGAGAGAUUCCGACACCUCUAGCUCUUCUUCUAGCUGCGAGGAGCUCUCUGGAUUACUUCUUGAACUACAGGAUGAAUUUGGACACAUGAGCUUGGAGCAUCAUGACCUUGCAAAGCAGAUCCAAGCGGCUUCGAGUGAGCAAAUGCGUCAGGAUUUGGAGCGGGACUUGGAAUCUCUAGUAAAGAGGAUGGAGAGUAAAGGUGAUCAGAUAGCCAAAGUGCACCGUCACCAGCAGCAGCUUGCAAAAUUAAAGGCUGCAUCAAGAAAGCAAACAAAGUUGGCCCAGGAUUGCAUGGAAACAAAAGUAGCCAAGUGUAGUAAAAGAAGUUCUUCUCGGGAACGUGGAAGAGCGACAAGAGCAAAGUCUUGCACCCGAGGCAAUGAAAGCUUGCGACUGUUGAGAGAUAUGCAGACAUUGCAGAACUCCCUACGGAAAGAUGAUGUCUGUUGGGAUUACUGAGUUGUGAUUAGUUGGGUUUUAUUCUUACAUUUUUAAUAAAGUAUUUAUUUUUUUUAAUUAAA